GAGCGGACUUCCUGUGACGUAAUCAGGGGGCGCAGUUCCGGCUUGUUUUUUUUAGCAUUCUUUAGCUUCCAGUCGUUCGUACGCUCCUGUUUUCUGCUCCCGCUAACCGGCCGCGAUCUGGAGUGUGUUCCGCGUGUUGGGAGUACAGUUUUCUCGUGCCAGCUGUUUACCCCAGAGAAACCAGUGGCGUGCGUCUGUCAUCUGUUUCCUGCAAGUGUUUGGGGCUCUGGUAACACUGAACAGGAAGAGAGUCUGUGAGACGUCUGGACUGAGAGAGGAAACUGCUGCGGCUUCUUCGUCGGCCUCAGAAUGACUGAGUUCUGGGUUUGUUUCAGCUGCUGCAUUGCAGAGCAGCCACAGCCUAAACGACGGCGACGGAUCGAUCGGUCCAUGAUCGGAGAGCCAACAAACUUUGUUCACACCACACACGUAGGAUCGGGGGACAUGGGCCUAGGAUUGGGAUCGGUGGAUCUCGUUCAGACCCAGAUGAAAUCUAAAGGGGGCUACGUGCACGGAGGGUCUGAAGGUUCACAGUUGUAACGAGCCCUUCCGUCUUGUGGAAACUACUGUUGUUGAUAUGAGGAAGCGUUUUCAAAAAAGCAGUUCUGUCUGUGAUGGACGCAGGACCAAAAGAUGAAACUACUGCUGUUCCAUAAUGUUGUAUAUAUUUUUAUUUUCCAUUCCUUUUUGUUUUUUGUUUUAAUGAAAGCACUGCUAUCCAUUUGCUGCCAUACUGUUGCACUGUAAAGAGUAAUUGUUAAAGAGUAGAUACGAGGGUUUAGAAAGCUCAUAAAUCUCAGUCAGAUGUAUGCUUGUGUGUAUGCAUGAGGAAAAUUAUUUUCAAAAAUACUUGCUGUUGUAGCCCAUUUGGAUGCCUGUAUUUAUUAUCUGAUUUGUAAACGGACCUCAUGGUGGCUGGGCCACGCUGGAGAUGUGGAACAUUCAGUUUCUGUCUUUCUUCUCAGAGGUUUAUCAAAGGACAGGUCGCAGGUAGCAGAGCAAAGAGUUAUAUGUUCAUUGUUUUAUUCUGAAAAAUACUCAACGAUUCUCUGAGUUGCUUUCAGGGUUGAAAAUUGCUGUUUUGUAAUAAACUUGAAAUGAGUAGAGUACACUGGACCAUACAUUGUACACUCACACUUGCUUAGGAAUUUUUGCAUUUAUUUCAACUGUUCUUUUUUUAUAUUCAUCUAGAUUUGAACCAUAUAGAAUUUUAAUAAACUAUGAACUUCCUAAUCUGCCUUCUGAAGUCAUGUUCAUUAUUUUUUUUACUAGUUUGAUUUCUAGCUUAGUCCUUUCAAAAAGAUUCAUAUUUUUAUAAGCAUUUUUUGUUUUUCAAGAUGUAAACUUUAAAGUAAUUAAAUCACCACCGGGGUCAGGUUUCAUACAGUUAGUUUACCCACUAUAUGUAAAAUCACCAUCAUCCUUUUUUGCUUGAUUAUAACAUUUGUCAGAUCAGUUUGUUAGAUUUAAUGACUUAUUGGACAGGUUCUCUUCACUUAAAAUCAUUUAUUAGUUUGGCAGAGAUGUUUUAUACCUCCUGAGAUUUUAGUGGUUCUGGUUCUUUAAAAACCUGAAUGUUGGUUCUCCUGAAUCUGACCCAUCUUGUGUUUGUAAUCACAUCGCGUUAGUGUUAAAAUGUUCUCAUGCAAGUAUUUUGUCAACAUUUAAAUCAUGUAUGUGUAUAUAAAAAAAUUCCUUUCUAAUGGACCAUCAGUUAAAUUUGUCCCAGUUUUUCUUUCUGUCUCAAGCAGCAUAAACUCUUUUAAACCUUCUAGUAGGAAUAAAUACCUGCAGCUCUUCAUGCCUGAUUAUGUUGAUCGUCAGUUAAUGCUCAGCUAAGAGUUAAUGUUCUCUUUUAAUCCACUGGCUGCUACGUCUGUCGUCCUGCAUAGUGUUGUCGUACGUUGUCCAAAGUUCUGAUCCAGGCUCCAUUUUUCAAACAUCAUUAAUCAGUGUAGUCAGAGGUAUGGAGCUCACCAGCAGGCCUGGAUCUAUUAUUACAUGUGAUUGUUUGUCCUCCAUGUGCAUCCUGUGAUUCAACAACAGAAUGUAAUUGUAUUAUUAAGUCGAACAAAAAGUCUGUGUGGAUUGUAAAAUGAGUGCUAUUGUAAACUAUUCAUGAUACAAGAAUGAAAUCUUUGUUGGUGCCAUGCAAUGGAAAAUACUAGAUAUUGGAAACACCUCGCGUAUAUUUGUAAUAUCUUAUAAUUUACAGCCUUAAAACUGCUGGUAACCACUUUCCCCAACAUUCACAGACACGUUCAAUGAUGUGUUCAUUGCCACAGAGAUCUAUGUUUUUGUUUCAAUGUUUCUGUAGUAAUUCCUGUGUAGAACCAGAUCUAAAUAUGUGUAGUCUAGUAGGUGUUUUUGUUUCCAGCUCUUGGUUAUAUGCUGUGGUAUUCUGCUGUGUGUGUGCAGACCAUAUAAAUAUGUGACCAGCAGGCUGUGUUGGUGGACUGCUUGAAUGUGAUUUUCCUUCUGGGAUUCCUGUCACAGGACUUACUUUGACCUUCAUGACGAUGAUAAUGCUAUUGUAAAUACGCAACAUGAACGUAAUGGAUCCAUGGUUUAUUUGUAUUUGGGGUCGAACAUAUUUUAGGUUAUUAUUCUUUUCUUUUCCUGAGGAUCUGCCUGAUAUGUAGCUCCCACCUUAAGGGAAAUUCAUCUGACUGCAUUUUUUCAGAAUAAACGAUGACAAAUAAAUAUUAUCUGUUGAUGUUU